GCCGGAAGUGAGCGAGGAGUUCCGGGGGACAGGCGGCCUCCGCGCUUCUGGUAUCCUGGUAUCUUGCGAGUUGAGUGCUCCUACUCCGCGCUGGAGUCGCUGUGCCGCCGCCGGGAUCAUGGUGUUCUACUUUACCAGCAGCAGCGUUAAUUCAUCUGCUUACACUAUUUACAUGGGAAAGGAUAAAUAUGAAAACGAAGAUCUAAUAAAGUAUGGCUGGCCUGAAGAUAUUUGGUUUCACGUGGACAAACUCUCUUCGGCUCAUGUAUACCUUCGAUUACAUAAGGGGGAAAAAAUAGAAGACAUCCCAAAGGAAGUCUUGAUGGACUGUGCCCAUCUUGUGAAGGCCAAUAGCAUUCAAGGCUGCAAGAUGAACAAUGUGAAUGUGGUGUAUACACCGUGGUCUAACCUGAAGAAAACAGCUGACAUGGAUGUGGGACAGAUAGGCUUUCACAGGCAGAAGGAUGUGAAAAUUGUGACAGUGGAGAAGAAAGUGAAUGAGAUCCUGAACCGAUUAGAAAAGACCAGAAUGGAGCGGUUUCCAGAUCUAGCGGCAGAGAAGGAAUGCAGAGACCGAGAAGAGAGGAAUGAGAAAAAAGCCCAAAUUCAGGAAAUGAAAAGGAGAGAGAAGGAAGAGAUGAAAAAGAAGCGAGAAAUGGACGAACUUAGGAGCUAUUCGUCGCUAAUGAAAGUUGAGAAUAUGUCUUCAAAUCAGGACGGCAAUGAUUCAGAUGAAUUCAUGUAAAUGGAGGAAAGGACCUUUUAAAGAUGUGAAUUUAGGGACAGUUGCAGACGUUUUGAUUUCAUCUGUGUUCUGAGUUAUUAAAAAAUGAGUAAAAUUCUACCUUCAUUCUACACAAAUAUUACCAACUUCAGAGUUUAAAAAAAAAGUGUUUCCUUUUUUGCCAACAGAAAAGGAUCAGAUAUUUAUAAUAUAUUUGGACUUGAAAAUAGCACAUAACUUUAGGAAAGUGAAAAUAUUUUUGCCGGAACAUGUCUUAGUACCUCAUGAAACUUGGCUGCCCUUGUUCCUGGGAUAGACUUUAGAAUGAACCAGCUCUGAAAAGUAUUUGUUACUGUGCUCUGUCCCUGAAAACAGAUGUCUUGAAAAGCUUUUCAUGUUCUUAAAAUAGCUUCACUUCUGUUAAGAAGAAUGUAUUAGUGAGCAGUAUAUGCGAAUGUUCCCCUCAGCCUUGAUUUCCUGACUAGAAAAAAAAAGCUUAUGGGUUUUGAUGGUGGUGGUGAUAUUUUCAGAAGGUUGCUGGCUUCAGUAUUCCCGUUCCAUUGUGUCACCUGAGUCUCUUAGCGGAGUUGUCCUCAGCUCCCAGCUUGUCCUAACUUUUCCCUUCUGCAUCCUUUCUCUGAGCGAGGGCCUCCCCCCCCAGGUACCAUCGUACUUAGAGAAGUAGUCAGUGUUCAUCAAGGUUGGGCGUGUGGCAGUGUUUACCUGAACACCACGUAACCCAAGCCACGUGCCUGACGACUUCCAGGCUCUGGAGCCAUUUCUCAGCACUGAGGGGAGAAACCGGAAGGCAUGCUCUGCGUCCUUUUGAAGAUGUAGGUUACCUGAUUUUUGUCUUGGGAUGCAGCCUAAAAUAAAAGUCCGUGUUGCGGUUAUGAUUUUAGGAAAAAACAUUAAGCAUUUCAUGAGCCAGCCAAGUAAUUUGUUUAUUUACCUUGAAAUAAUAUUUAUUUUGACUUGUAACCCCAGAGUUCAGAUUUCUCAAUUGUAGACCCAAUAACUUAAUAUGUAACAAGACUGCUCAUCUGAACCACCUCCUCUCCAGUGUGAUUCCAAAUAGAAGACCUGUUUUUAUUGCAGUCCCUGUAGGAAGAGACAAAACAAAACCAUGAAAGGGGAAAAGAAUAAAGCCUGCAGGUCAGGAGGCAUGCAGAUUCACAUUUUAACCACA